GGGAAAGGAAGAAAUUGCUGUGUGAUUUAUGUGAAAAGAUACCACAUACGAAAAACCAUAAGAUGGCUCAUACCGGGGAAAAGCAGCACAGUUGUCCGACAUGCGACAAAAGUUUCUCUCGAUCAUACAACAGGGAUGUGCAUAUGAGAAUUCAUACCAAACAGAAACCGUACAUUUGUCCGACAUGCAAUAAAAGUUUCAGACUAAAACAACAUUUGCAACAUCGCCUAGUAACUCAUGACAGGAAUGAAUGA